AUGGAAAUGUCGGCGUCGACGCAGGCGGCGCGUUUCGUUGGGGGUGGAGUUGGUGUCCCGGCGGUACCAUCAGCCACCCCACUGGUGGCCCCUGGAGGAAGCUCACCUGGGGAGAGUUCGAGUACGGGGGUGGCACGGAGCGGUGGUGGUGAAGGGACGGGCACAAAUCCACCCCACAGCAUCCCCAACGCCGCUGGUAACGGUAACAAUAGUGCGAACAAUUUGAAACGAAGCAGUAUGCGGCUUAUCGCGAACCCUCCCGCGGCCCCAUCUCAGGCUUCUGCUGGCUCGGCAGCUGCCGCCGGUGCAUCAGCGACGUCAUCUGCAACAACCUCGACCGCAUCAGGCACGUCUUCAGCGGUGGUGACGGCAACGGCGGUCAUCGACACCGUCGCUUCAACCGUGUCCUAUCACCGCCGACCGUAUCCGGAUUCGGUGCCACAGGACAGUACCCAAAUCAAAACCCUCGUCAAAGGUUUUCACGAGCUGGCCACGCAUCUGCGAGUCGGUUAA